AUGAAUGUAUUGGUAGCAGCACUACAGGUUCAGGCUGACCCCCAAGUACUAGAUAACCUAGGUAUACUUUACAUAAAGUCUGGUAGGUUGCAAGAAGCUCGGAAAGUUUAUCGUCAACUUUUUAACCAGUUUAGCCAAUAUCAAGAUGGGAAAAUACAUUAUGCACAGCUGUUACUGCAAGAACGUAGUUUUGAAGAAGCUGAAAGCGCCCUCUUAUCGGUAAUCAAAGGAAAUCAAAGCUUUCAGGAUGCAUACCAUCAGCUAGCUUUACUGUAUACCCACAUAAACAGAAGCGCCGAGGGGUUAGAGCGUAUCCUUCAAGCGAUCAAGCUUUGUUCUAGCACGGAAAAGUCAUGUGCGCAGCUCUAUGUCUGUCACGGGGACAUUUUGAAAGACCUUAAGGACCUGAACGCUGCAGCUCAGAGCUACAAUUUAGCUGUACAGAUUGAUCCGAAUAUUGCUCACGCUCAUCUCAACCUUGGUGUAAUCCAUCAUCUGCAGGGUCGAUAUAACGAGGCCUUGAAACACUACCAGUCAGCUCAAAACCUGGAUCCAAACAACCCAGUGGUCGUGGAAAACAUGAAAAAAUUAAGAAAGCAAGUAUUCAAGUCGUCGCCGCGAGAGUGUGUGGGUGACAGUGCCACCUGUCGGACGUGCUAAAUCCGUAGUUUGAGAUGCCAUAGGCUUCUGUAAUCUCUGUUUAAUUGGAAUACAGUGAUCCACACUUGAUGUGACUGUAGAGUGGUCUUUUGUAUAAGGUAUUUGUUACGAGUGAAACCUAAUGAGUACGUAAUGGUGCAAAAAAAAAACGUUUUUAGUUUAACUUGAAAAGCUGGAAAAAAUGGUCUGUAUGACCAAUAAAAAAAAACUGUGUUUGUGUAGACAAGCUAUGGAUGCUUGGAAAUUUUUAAUAAACAUUUUUAAUAUUUCAGAAGCGCUUUGCCGAGACUUCUGAAUUUCUAAGUCUGUUUAUUAAAGAUAUGGUACAAGCGACUUCAUAACAACUGGGAAAACAGAUAUACUAUGAUAAGUGACUUUUAUCGAGGAGCAGCUGGAUGACUCAUGGAUUUGCUAAAAUUCAUAGAGAGUUCUACGCAUGCGUGAACCUACACACUAAACAAUUAGGAAGAGUGUUGUAUGUUUGUCAGAAUCAUUGUUGAUAAAUGUUUGAGUGUGUGUCA